GCGAAACAGGCGUUCAGGCCCAAGCCUAGUGACUAAAACGAUAAUAAGAUGUAUAGGUUCACCAGAUCCCGCAUGAUGCAGCCCAUGAUCAGUUCUGGCAUGGGAAUGGCUCCUUUCUUCAAGGUGACCGUGUUCGAGCAGGAACACUUCCAGGGCAAAUGUCAGGAGUUCACCUCAGAGUGCUGCAACAUCCAGCAGUGUGGCUUUGACAACAUCCGUUCCAUUCGUGUGGAGAGCGGAGCCUGGGUGGGUUAUGAGCACCAUGACUUCCAGGGCCAGCAGUUCAUCCUGGAGAGAGGAGAGUACCCCCACUGGGAUGCUUACUGUGGAAACCUGUCCUACCACAUGGAGAGACUCAUGUCUUUUAGACCCAUCUACGGCGCUUCUCACCAGAGCAGUCGUAUGAUCAUGUUUGAGAAGUAGAACUUCCUGGGCCGCAGUGCUGAGCUGUGUGACGUCGACUACCCCUCUCUGCAGGCCAUGGGAUGGUGUCGCCCUGAAGUGGGCUCCAUGCAUGUGCAGUGUGGCGCUUUUGUGUGUUACGAGUUCCCAAGCUACAGGGGCAGACAGUACAUUAUGGAGUGUGACAGGCACAGCGGAGACUAUCAGCACUGGAGAAACUGGGGUUCCCACAGCCAGACCCCUCAGAUCCAGUCCAUUCGCAGAAUCCAGCACUAAGAGCCCCGCCUCACCAGGGGACACCACACCGAUCACCCUGCCGCCCGACAAACACAUCAUACGCACACUCACACUGUUUUACUUUACGAGUGUCUUUUUAUUGCUAGGAACACAACACGCAUCAAACUCUAUACAUACCAUUUUGUCUUACACGAGGGUGUCAAUCAGGUACUGACAACAGUUACUGGCUAAUGUCAGGUGCUAAACAACACCCCCUGAGGUGCUACACAAACAAUGCAAUAUAAGCUACGUUAGGCCAUAUCUCCUUGAGGGGAUUGACUGAGAGCAGCUCAGGUGUAAUGUGUAGGAGAAG